AUGAGUGACAAUAAUUUAACAUUAUUACAUCAUAAUGAGUAUGACUCAAUUUCAAAUCAAGAUGAAACUUUAAGUUCACUUAUCUUUUUUACGAUUGUUUAUGUUCUUGUACUUAUAUCUGGUCUUAUUGGCAAUUUUAUUGUCUUAUAUGUUAUAUUAAAAAAUAAUGAUUUAAAACAUUUUACAAAUUAUUUUUUUGCCAACUUAAGUGCAGCAGAUGUAUUCGUACUUUUAUUUUGUAUACCAACUGCUAUACAUGAUAUUUGGGCAAAAGAUCAAUGGUAUAUGGGGAAAUUUUUUUGUUUGAGUAAUCAAUAUAUUGAAAGUUGUGCAACAAGUGUCUCUUCAUUGACAAUAACAGCAAUAAGUUUUGAACGUUUUAUUGCAAUAUGUGAACCAUUUAAAGUUCAUGAUAUAUUCAAUGAAACAUUAACUUUAACUACUAUUUGUUUAAUAUGGGCUAUAGGUCUUAUAUUUUCUUUACCAUUUUUAAUUUUUGCUGUUUAUGAUUCAUCAUUUAAUCCAACUGAUUCAUUAAAUGAUACAUCAAAUCUU